GGCCCGCGCUGGCGAUGCUUCCUAGAGCCUAGAGCAGAAUAGUUGAUUUCGUUGUCCUUAAGGAGAGUCGACCCAACGAGCAACACGUACUCUCGAUCACUUCUACCGCAACCCUCGUCUCUUAAUACAACACCAUGGCAUCCGCUCUAUUCUUUCUAGACUUGAAGGGCAAGACCCUUCUGGCCCGCAAUUACCGUGGAGACAUUCCCAUGUCCGCAGUCGAGAAAUUCCCCCUCCUCCUCAGCGAAGCCGAAGAAGAAAGUUCCGCCGUCGCGCCGUGUUUCUCGCAUGAAGGAAUCAAUUACCUCUAUAUCCGACACAGCAACCUUUACAUCCUUGCGUUGACCAAGCGGAAUACCAAUGCGACGGAGAUCCUCCUCUUCCUCCACAAGAUCGUGGAGGUGUUCACGGAAUACUUCAAGGUGCUGGAGGAGGAAAGUAUCCGGGAUAACUUUGUCAUUAUCUACGAAUUGCUGGACGAGAUGAUGGAUUUUGGCUACCCACAGACCACGGAGAGCAAAAUAUUACAAGAGUACAUCACGCAAGAAUCCCACAAACUCGAAGUCCAAGCCCGCCCCCCAAUCGCCGUCACCAACGCCGUCUCCUGGCGAAGCGAAGGAAUCCGCUACCGCAAGAACGAAGUCUUCCUCGACGUCGUCGAAUCCCUGAACCUCCUCAUCUCCGCAACCGGCAACGUCCUGCGAUCCGAGAUCCUGGGCGCGGUCAAGAUGAAAUGCUAUCUGAGUGGAAUGCCAGAGCUGCGUCUGGGGUUGAACGACAAGGUCAUGUUCGAGACAACGGGGCGCGCUACGAGAGGCAAGGCGGUGGAGAUGGAAGACGUCAAGUUCCACCAAUGUGUGCGUCUUUCGCGGUUCGAAAACGAUCGCACGAUCAGCUUUAUUCCGCCGGAUGGGGAGUUUGAGCUCAUGAGCUACCGGUUGAACACGCAGGUGAAACCGUUGAUCUGGGUGGAGUGUUUGGUGGAAUCGCACUCUGGGUCGAGAAUUGAAUACAUGCUCAAGGCCAAGGCCCAAUUCAAACGCCGCAGCACCGCCAACAACGUCGAAAUCCUCGUCCCCGUCCCCGAAGACGCAGACUCCCCUCGCUUCCGCACAAACAUCGGAACCGUGCACUACGCCCCCGAACAAUCCGCCAUCAUCUGGAAGAUCAAGCAAUUUGGUGGCGGCAAGGAGUUCCUCAUGCGCGCCGAGCUGGGCCUUCCAUCCGUCAAGGGCGACGACGAGCGCGGCGGUGGUAUGACCGGUGGGUUUGGUGGCAGUAUGGGUGGAACGGGUUCGUUGGGGAAGGCGAAGAGGCCGAUUAAUGUGAAGUUUGAGAUCCCGUAUUUCACGACGAGUGGGAUUCAGGUGCGGUAUUUGAAGAUUACGGAGCCGAAGUUGCAAUACCCGUCUUUGCCGUGGGUGCGAUACAUUACACAAUCGGGUGAUAUUGCUGUUCGGAUGCCUGAUGCUCAAUAGAUAGAUGUAUACUGUAAUUCUUUCUUUUCUAGUUGAAUGUUUAAAUAUUGCAUGGCAACAUUGCACGGUAGUUAGAUAUAUAUAUAUAUCUGGUAUGUAUCGGUUUUUCUCUCCAAAAAGAAAAAAAAAAGAAAUAUAUACCUGCAGACCUAAAUAGCACA